UGCUGCGCCCUUCCCGGAACCCGUCUUCGCUGGCGGCGAACCCUAGCUACUCUCCCCUCUCAGACCUGUCCUCGUUGUGCACCGUCUCUAGUUGCCACCAUCAGGUCCAUGGUGCAUAGGAUGCCUGUUUGCCGCUAAGCAAUGUAUCUCAGCAUUCAGGACCCCGAUUUUUGUCAUGACACCUCCUUCAGAGCCCCACUUCCUGUUGACAUUCGGGACCUCAGCCUGCUUUAGUUCAAGCCCCCACAACUGCCGUCCCGGCGCUCGCUUUGGGUUCCGAAUACCCCCAACGAGCCCGUCUCAACCCCUGCGCCACACCCUAGAGAUAGGCCUCGCGUUUCGUAGGCCUUCUGAAAGCAGGCUCUUAACACCAUGGACCUGUUGUUUGGGCGCCGGAAGACGCCAGAAGAGUUACUGCGGCAGAACCAAAGGGCACUGAACCGUGCAAUGAGGGAGCUGGAUCGAGAGCGACAAAAGCUAGAGACCCAGGAGAAGAAAAUUAUUGCAGACAUCAAAAAAAUGGCCAAGCAGGGCCAGAUGGAUGCUGUACGCAUCAUGGCAAAAGACCUUGUGCGCACCCGGCGCUAUGUACGCAAGUUUGUGUUAAUGCGAGCCAACAUCCAGGCUGUCUCUCUGAAGAUACAGACACUCAAGUCUAACAACUCUAUGGCACAAGCCAUGAAGGGUGUUACCAAGGCCAUGGGCACUAUGAACAGACAGCUGAAAUUGCCACAGAUACAAAAGAUCAUGAUGGAGUUUGAGCGGCAGGCAGAGAUCAUGGACAUGAAGGAAGAAAUGAUGAAUGAUGCUAUUGAUGAUGCCAUGGGUGAUGAAGACGACGAAGAGGAGAGUGAUGCUGUUGUGUCCCAGGUCCUGGAUGAGCUGGGACUGAGCCUGACUGAUGAGCUGUCAAACCUUCCCUCCACUGGAGGAUCACUCAGUGUAGCUGCUGGUGGGAAAAAAGCAGAGGCCACAGCCUCAGCCCUGGCUGAUGCCGAUGCAGACCUUGAAGAGAGGCUCAAGAAUCUGCGAAGAGACUGAGCACCCACCCCCUACCCCUGGGAAUGGAUAGAGCACCCAGGUUUAUCCCCCAACCCCACUAAAUAAAAGAUUGGACCCU